GGGAGGGGGACGACGACGAGGCAUUGGUGAACAGGCUGCGUCAGCGGAAUACACGGGAAGGAAUGGAGACUGCGGCGAAGCUGUGGGUGGAUGACCUCCGCUCUGGAACGAAAGGGAGGGAUUUGCCAUCGUGAAGUCGAUCGUGGAGGCGCGCGGGUAUCUUGUGGCGGUGGCGCGGGGAGAGCAGCCUUCGCCCAUUCGUCGCAACAUCGUCUUGCCUCACAACAGCAUCCCGCAGCAGAAGAUCGCGGACGAGUCGGAGUUCAAUGCUGCGAAGGAGAGGGCGGUAAAGGUGCAGGGGAUCGCUUUGCGGGUGUUACACGGGUGGGUGUUCAAGUCUCAGAACAGGCAACGGGGGUACCACGCGGCGUACCAGUACGCACUGAACCACGAGGCCACCGACGUCGCUCGCGCCAUGUGGAUGGGGGAGGACUGGUGUUAUUGUGUGAGCCCCAUGGUCGUCCACCACACGCUCGACAUGGAUAUGAAGCUGCCAUUGUGGUUUGUGGGCGCCGACGUCGAGACAAGCACGAGGACGACGGCUUGGCGGCUUAUCAGGAGGCGAGCAUCCAGCGACUGGUGGGGGUUUUCACGAGCGCCGUGAUCAUUGCGGAGGCGACCGACGACGGUCGUGUAUCGCACGAAAGGUUGAAGACCAUGGCCGACGCGAUGCGGAUGAUGCUCGCGGCGACCAUGUGGCUCAUGCGAAUGGCGGGUGACGAUCAUCGCGUGCAUUACGACGCCUGGGUUUUCGUCCAACUCACGGUGAAGCCGACGCUCGUCGCAUCCAUGCAUCGUUGCUUCGACGCGCAUCGGCACAUCGUGCAAGUUGCGACCGUCAUCACCGACAAGUUGGCGAGUCCCCCCAUAACUUUGAUCGACCCUCCAAUGUAUGUUCCCGACUGGGCGUCCAUCGGUGUCAAGUUCUCACACGAUGCCACGCUGUCUUCCCUGAUGGAGGCGAAGAAGAUGGAUUGGAUGGGCACAGGCCCCCUGGAAGACGAAGACGACGGGAAAGGCGACGAAGAGGGAAGCGGGGGGGGUCGAUGACGCGUUUUUGUCGUUUAUGUUGGUCUUCCUCGCGUGCUGCUGCUCUGCUGUCACUUGUUCGAAGGCGGCAGACCCACCA